GUUAAUAAAAGAGUCACUUUAUCAUAUAAAAUCUCAUGACAUACAUCUAAGUAAUAGAGGCAACGAUAAAUUACUCCUGUUUCCUAUUACUUUAUUUAGUAGUAAAUAGUAAGGAAAAAGUUAAGAGUUACUUUAAUUAUAUUAGGUUAUAUCAACAAAAACAUAUAUUAAUUAGUCUAACAUAAUGGAUGAAGAAUUGGGUGACCUUACAGAAAGUGAUUUCAUCCUCCCACCAAUAAAAUACGAAUAUUUGGAUCAUACAGCUGAUGUUCAGCUACAUGCUUGGGGCGAUAGUCUUAAAGAAGCGUUUGAACAAUGUGGCAUGGCAAUGUUUGCAUAUAUGACAGAGAUGGCAUAUGUUCAAAUCAGAGAAGUGCACACCAUAGAAGCAAAUGCUGAUGACAUGAUAGGACUUCUCUAUCAUUUCCUAGAUGAACUGUUAUUUCUCUUCUCAGCCGAACCGUUUCUCAUUUGCAAGAAGUUAGUAAUAACUGAGUUCAAUACGGAAGAAUUCCGGAUAGUAUGCAAAUGCUACGGUGAAGAAUUUAAAAUCGGCACACACCCUCAAGGGACUGAAGUCAAAGCAAUUACAUAUUCGGCAAUGCAAAUUAUUGAUGAACCCAAAGAUCAUAAGUUUGAGGUUUUUGUUAUAAUUGAUAUUUGAGAUGAUCAUAUUACAAUAUUUUUUUAUGUUUCA